AUGGAUGCUGCGGCCAAGACAGUCGAGUCGCUGUCCCAGCAUGUUCUGCCAGAGAAACCUCAUCACCUCUCGUACAACCCGCACUGGCGAUUCCGUCCGCGCCACCAGGACGCUGCGCACGAAGCCAUCAAGAGUUCGCGCUUCGAGGAAUGGCACAAUACCCGCCUGCAGUAUAUGACACUCGUGUCCCAAGCCGACCGCGGCACGCUGCUCACCCGAUCCUACUACGACAUGCGAGAGGAGCCGCCCAAGCCCGUCCCUCGCGAGGUCGCCGCCCUGGCCAGGUCCGGUGUGGAGAAGAAGAAGCUGUCGCUGAGCGACUACAAGAAUAAAAAGACGGCCCUCCCCUCCUCUUCCUCCCCGCCAGAUCAUUCUGCUGCUAGGAAGUCGGAGACCGAACGGACUGCCAGCACCCCGGCUGCGGCAACACCGGAUAGAGCCAACAUGGCGACUGCAGCCAAUGCGGAGCAGAAGUCCUCACGUGGUUUGGGGGCUCCUUCCCUCGAGGCCAAAGCACGCGACCUUCGUGAUGCGCACGGAGCACACGCACCGGCCGAUGGGAAGCAACGGCCACCUCGUGAAGUCGCUGUGGACCAAAGAUUGCCGCCGAAACCGCCCGCGUUACCGCCCAAGUCCUCCUCGCCAGUGGCCAAGAAGCGCUUGGCCGACAAUGAAGAGGAAGUCCGACCGCAGAAACGUUCCAAGCCCGACGAGAGACGACCGAUGGAUGAAAGGCUGCAGCAUCAUGACGACACGCAACGUCGCAAAGAUCGACUCCAACCUAACGCGCGCGAUGCGUCUCAACAGAAAGAUGACAAGUCCCCCGCGUCGAACUCCUUGACGAGUGGAAAGGCCACCCUCAAAGGCACCGUCAACUCCAGCCGAAACCUCUCACCCGCAGCGCGCCAACGAGACGAAUCGGUCAACGGGGCUCAUGCAAACCCGGGAGCGGGCAGCCGGGACACGCCGACGAAGCCAGACGCCGUCAAAUCAUCCGUGCCCCCGUUGCUGUCGCCCUUGCACUUGAGCUUUGACAGCCAGUACAGGAAUCGCGCAGGUGAAGAAACGAGAAAGGAGCGGCGGAAGAAGUAUGACUUUGUCGAUGGCUCAUCGGCCGUUUCCAAGACCAAGAAACCGGAUGGAGCAUCUGGAAGUAAGAAUGCCCGAUCGUCCAUGAUACUGCCACCGUUGCUCUCCCCCACAUUGCCGCCUGUCGUGGAGGCGGAACUUCGGAAAAGGAAGAAGGGAUCGUCCGAUUCGACCGAUGACAGGGCAAAGAACCACAUGGGCGCGUAUGAGGCUGAGAGGAGACCGACGGCCGACAAGGGGGAUGACGAGUCCUCGAAGCUGGGUCAUCGCAGGCGAUUGAUCGUGACACUCUCCAUACCAAAGCCACUGCGACACUCGCUCAGAAAAAUACUGGCCGUGCCGACAAGUCGAAAGGAUGGGCAAAAACGGCAGCGUGAAACUAGCGACGAGACGUUGCCCCCGGCAAGAAAACGCACCGUCGCCGCGGCCGAGUCCGUGCCCGAGUCCGUCGCCGCGAAGAGGCCGCGAACAUCGGAUAGCUCGCGUCUCACGGCUGCGCCGUCGACGCCGUCCAGGAAGUCGACAAACAUGUCUCGCGUUGGCUCGGAAAACUCGUUGGCGCAAACGCCCAGCGAUGCGAUCAACGCGACGCCGAAGACCUCGGCAUCUGCAGACCGAAAGUCGAAUGGGCCGGAGUCGUCGGGCUGGAAGCAGCAUCCCCGAGAUAUCGCGACGUUGCAGGAGAAAGCCGACCGGUUGCAGAGGAAGGCAAAGGAUCUGAAGCACAACGCAGAUCUCGUCAUGAGGAGUCACCGCGAAAGCACGACGAGCGCCAAGGGCAAAGCUGCCGACUCCUCCAAGGCGAAGCUGGGAUACGUGCUCAGUCUGGAGGGCAUUUUGGCCUUCUCCAUGGCCUUCCAGGCCACCAACCUGAAAUGCCGUUUGCAGAGCAAAAAGCCCGAUCACACGGGCUGGAGCAGCAUGCUGCCUCUCCUAGAGUUUCUGCAGAACGAGAUGCGGAGGGACGAGCUGAUGAGCACGCAGCCACCGUUUAUGCUCCUGCUGCUCAUCCACGCCGUUUGCCUAGACGAGUUGCUCAAGUGCUACGCGAACAUGGACAAUGCGUCCAAGCACACCAACAUUGACGAUUUGCUCGUGCGCGAGCGAAAGAGAGCGCGGCUGUGGCCCAUGAUACGGGAGCUGAACGCCAACACGGAGAACCCCGAGUUGCGCGUGGAGCUGUCGCCGUGGUACACCAUCGACGAGGUGACCAAGGUGGCCUUUAACAUAUUGAAGAAAUGGUGCGCCGAGGAGAAUGUGGAGUGGACUCAGGAGCCAGUCAUAAAGCAAUCUUGGCCAAUCCAGCCUGGAAGCAUCUAA